UUCCAGGGGCGGGACUUUUAAAUUCCCGGUUGUUAUGCCGCUGUUUUCAAUUGUUUUAACUGACACCACAGAAGAAGGGUUGCUAGCUUAAAAAUGGCUUGUUUACAUACAUAAGUAGGAUUUUUGUUCGGAUUUUUAAUUGUAUUCGUUUUUUAUUUGUAAAUUAAAAAAAGUGAUAAAUGUAGUAUUUAAAUCACUUUUCCUCAACUCUUGGAAACAUCAUCCACGGCGGGUAUGUAGCCCGUUAGCUUAGCUGGCUAACAAGUCAACACUAAAGUGUUGCAGAAAUUACCUCAAAUUCGUCAUGGAAGUUGGUACGGUCAUACAAGAAGAACUAAAAUUUCGUGGAGUUGAAUUUGCUGUUAAAGUGGAACUGCAAGAUCGCUUACUAACAGUCGAGAUUUCAGAUGUUCUGACAGCAGACCAGUGGAGUGGGGAAUUUGACCCAGCAUACAUUGAAGAUCUCACUCGCAAAACUGGAAACUUUAAGCAGUUCCCUAUAUUCUGUAGCAUGCUCGAGUCUGCAGUCAGUAAGACUAGUGAGUCGGUAACGCUCGAUCUGCUGACCUACACGGACCUGGAGCUUUUGCGGAACCGGAAGGCGGGUGUGGUGGGGAGACCUCGUGCCCAGCAGCAGUCCCCAGCUCUCAGUGCUAAACGCUACCUCAUCCUCAUCUACACUGUGGAGUUCGAUAGGAUCCACUACCCAUUGCCACUACCAUAUGUCGGAAAACCUGAUCCUGCAACUCUCCUGAGAGAGAUCAGGGCUCUAAGGGCUGGACUAAAUGCCAUGAGGAUGCGAGGAGACCAUGCAGUGUCAGACCAAGAGACUCGCAGACUGCGUGCAGAGCUGGUUGUGGUUAGGGAGGAGAAGGAUGCGCUGGCCGAGGCUCUGGAGCGACUGCGGUCAGUCGGGACUGGCUCCACUUCAGGGACUCGGGGGCUCAGAGAAGCCGUGCACAGUCUAGAGGAGCAGCUUUUAAAAGAGAGAGCAAAAAGCCAACGCUCAGCAAGCAAGAGGGGUCAAGAACAGCGUCAACUAAUGGAGCAGUUGGAGGAACUGAGGGCCUCAGAGCGAGCUCUACGAAUACGUGUGAAGAGUCUGACCACUGAGUUAGCCGUGUUACGCCGAGGCCGGAUUACACCGGUUCUGUCAGGCCGGAGCAUGUCCAAGGGUGAGACGGAUUUUCCACGGUCGGCCUCAAGGGAGCGCAGUGUACCCCGAGCAGGGAUGAGGGCACGCUCUGGGUCCAGAGAGAGAGCAGAGGAUCGGAGCAGGAGGUCAGAAGAGAGGGGGAGAAGGUCAGGUUCUUCAGGGACACGCAACCACUUCUCACGACCUUCCCCAUCUCCAACAGGAUCUCGAGGGCCACGAUUUGACCCAACUGCUUAUGUUCAAGACCGACAACGACGCCAAAAAGAGACAGAACUCAAGAACCAAAGGAAAGUCAGAAAGGACAUGUUGACAUCACCAGGUGUGAAUGAGCGGGGUCGCUCACGGUCCAGAGAGAACGUCCCUCAGUUGGUCAGACGGGGGAGUGCUGGUCGGGGCAGGAGCACAUCUGUGGAGAGCAGGAGGAGUUUUCAUUCUUCUGAAAGCUCAAUGGCUGAGUUUGAGGAUCUCGCUAAGCCUCUGAAAAGCAGAGGAAGAAAACUGCCAUAUAAUGGUCCAGCUACGAUAAGAGGAAGACACUUGAACAAAAAGCCACUGUGUAGCACUCCAACACAAAGAGGCAGAGAGAGUUCUGUAGAUACAGGAGCAGACCUGUCUGAGAUUGACGCUCGGCUUCAGGCCCUGCAGGAGUACAUGAGAGAUCUUGACACAGGACGCUAGCGACUUGGUGGACUUUAUUGCACAAGCUGGUGGUGACAUUCAUCAGGAUGGACAAUCAUUUCCUUUAACUCACUGUUCAAAUAGAGAUGCUGAACUUUACCAGUCCUACAGGAUUAUGUGUGCAAUUAUUACUGAAUCAUUUCAAAAACAUGCGAUUUUUAUUCCAAAUGUUUAUCGCUUGACUUGAAGGACUCCUAGGUUCCAUGUGACUGGUUGUACUUGCUGUUUGUGAAUUAGAGUAUUUGUAUGUACAGUAGUGUCAUUCUGUUUUAACCAAUUUGUUUUAUGACAUUUUUAUACAAGCAUUUUAAUGUGUCGUUCUUUGCCUAUAUCUAUAAUCCUUUACUCAAAUAAUGUCCUCGUAAGGUGGCAACACGAUGGGAUUUGUGUUAGCUUAAUUGAGAUCCACUGAUUUACAUAGAAAACCUUUCCAUGUUGGCCUUCAAACAUUAGCACACAUUUGCAAAGUUGUCAGGUUUACACAAUAUUCUCACCAGUGUUUUUUCAUAAUUUUAUUAAGCUGAUUCAUUUGACAGCAUUAGAUUUAUUAAUAAGGUAGGCUUAGAGCCUGGUGUUUAGCAUUCCAGUAACCCUUGCUUCAGAAGAUAUUGUUUAGGUCAGUUAUACCAUUUUGUACAUUGAAUUUCUAAAUCAAAAAUGAAUUUUACACACAAAAAAAUCAUUCAGAGAAGCAGUAGUUUUGAAGCACAAAAUUAAAUUGGUACCUAUACAGUUCCAAUAUUUGUUAACAAUAUUAUUCUUCAGGCUCCAAUACAAAUGGCAGAAGCAUAAAUUCUUAGAAGAGUAAACUUGAUUGUUGCUUUGAUGAAACCAAAAACUAGGAGUUAUUUUUGGCAGAACUGUUUCUUUAAAGAGGUCAUGUUUACUUUAUUAUUUGUUUCUGAUCUGCAAAUUACUGGCUUUCUCUAAUAAACACUAUAUUUUAACCUGUAUGCUCCACUUAAAUGUUAGUGACAUACAGACCACAUCAGGUAAUAUGCUGUCAUUUAUUUAUUAUUCCACCAAAAUGUUUUGACUUUCAUACUUCAUAGAACUGUUAUUGAGAGGCUCUGAUUUGUGAUGAAUAAAAUGAUCAGAUUGAA